CUCUCGUUUCCAAUCUCACUUUUUUUUUCUUCUUCUCUCUGCCUGUUUCUUCUUCUUCUUCUUCUCUAUCUCUAACCUAAGAAAUCCAAGCCAUGGAAAUGGAGAAAUCAGUAACCCCAAAUGCUAUUUCAACCAUACUAGCAAACCCUUCUCUUGAUUCUUAUUCUGAUUCUGAAAUCCCUCAACUCAUUAUUCAAGUUGUAGAUCUCAAACCUGCUGGAAGCAGAUUUACAUUCAAAGCCAGUGAUGGAAAAAUGAAACUCAAGGCAAUGCUUCCACCCAAUAUGGGAUCUGAUGUCAAUUUGGGAAAUUUCCAAAACCUUGGCCUCAUCCUUGUUCAGGAUUACAACAUACAAAUCAUGCAAAAGACGCAAGAAAAGUGUUUGAUCGUUUUGAAAUGUGAAGUGGUUGCUCCUGUGCUUGAAAGUGAGAUUGGAAGUGAUCCUAAAAGUCAAGAAAUUGAAUUCAAACCAAAGCAAGAAACUGGAAUUGUGUUGAAGCCAAAGCAAGAUGUGGUUGCUAAAUCUGCAGCUCAAAUUGUCCAUGAACAGCAUCAGAAUAAUGCUCCUUCUGAACGAAUGGCCAUGACUAGAAGAGUUCAUCCUCUUGUUUCCCUGAAUCCUUACCAAGGGAAUUGGACUAUAAAGGUUCGGCUGACAAGUAAAGGCAACCUCAGGACAUAUAGGAAUGCUAGAGGAGAAGGGUGUGUCUUUAAUGUGGAAUUAACAGAUCAAGAUGGUACACAAAUUCAAGCAACAAUGUUUAAUGAAGCUGCGAACAAGUUCUACAAUAAGUUUGAAUUGGGAAAAGUUUAUUACAUAUCAAAAGGAACUCUUAAAGUUGCUAACAAGCAGUUCAAAACUGUCCAAAAUGAUUAUGAGAUGACUCUGAAUGAAAAUUCUGAAGUGGAGGAGGUAUCUGAAGAAGGAAGUCCUAUUCCAAAGGCAGUGUUCAACUUUGUUAAGAUUGACGAUUUGGGUACCUAUGUGAAUGGGAAGGAGCUUGUAGAUGUUAUUGGGGUUCUUCAAAGUGUUUCCCCUACAAUGAGCAUCAGAAGGAAAGCUAAUAACGAGACCAUCCCAAAGCGUGACAUAACAAUUGCUGACGACUCAAACAAAACUGUUGUAAUUUCUUUAUGGAACGAUCUUGCCACCACCAUGGGGCAAGAGUUGUUAGAUGUUGUUGACAGCAAUCCGAUUGUUGCAAUCAAAUGUCUCAAGGUUGGAGACUUCCAAGGAGUAUCUUUGUCAUCUCUGGGCAAAAGCACUGUGGUCGUAAAUCCAGAUGUUCCUGAAGCAGAAAACCUCAAAUCUUGGUAUGCAUCUGAAGGUAAAUCAACCUCAAUGACCUCUAUUGGGGCUGGUUUGACCAAUUCUACAAGUAGUGGUGCAAGAUCCUUCUACUCUGAUCGUGUUACCAUUUCUCAUAUUACCAGCAACUCCUCUUUGGGAGGAGAAAAGCCUCAAUUUUUCAGCAUCAAAGCAUGCAUCAGUUUCAUCAAGCCUGAACAACUGAUGUGGUACCAAGCUUGCAAGACAUGCAACAAGAAAGUGACUACUGGUCAUGUGUCUGAAUAUUUCUGUGAUGGAUGCCAGAAGAAUGUAGAUACGUACAGUUUACGGUAUAUAUUGGCAUUGAGAGUUGCUGACCCAAGUGGUGAAGCUUGGGUAUCUACAUUCAAUGACCAGGCAGAAAAAAUAUUAGGUUGCUCCGCUGAUGAACUUGACAAGAUCAAACAACAGGAUGAGAAGGAGUUCCAUUUGAAAUUGAAACAAGCAACAUGGACUCCUCGUCUAUUUAGAGUCAGUGUUGCUCAGAACGAGUACAAUGGCGAGAAAAGACAACGGAUAACUAUCCGUGCAGAGGCGCCACUCGAUUUUGCUGUGGAAUCAAAGUAUUUACUGGAAGAGAUGUCAAAGUUGCAAGCCUCUUAAAUUAUCUUAGGAAGUUGUUGCAUUUUCUUUUAUGCCAUCUAUGUAAUAUAAAGGUUCUUGGCUAUUCUAGUUUAACAUUGUUAGUUUGCCCUAUAUCAUAGGAAUUGAACAAUUUAGGUGUUUUAUGAGCUUGGUUAGCGAUAAUUUAAUUUUAAUUUACCGAAACUACUUUUGUGUUGCUUCAACUUUUAACAGGAAAUUGAAAUGUUAGUUUGCCUCA